CACAAUUUCCUCUCGGUGAUUCAUAUUCUUUUAUAUCUGGUAUUUCUCAAUUUAUAACAUUCGAGUAUAAAACAAUAGUAUGUGCGUGAUCCAAUUAAUGAAGUAUGGAUUCUAUUUUACCUCUAUCACUACUGGUUUACUGGACAAUUCAAGUGAGCUGCGCUGCAUCCAGCUGUCCUCCUCUAGAGGAACUACUUUUUAACUAUAGUGUAUUAGAAAAAGUUCCAGUGAAGGUAUAUUACUGCGAGUUUAAAGAAUCUAGAAUGACUCAGAACGGAACAAUCCCAAUAAUGCGUAGCCAGGAGAUUAAAGAUUGCGUCAAAGCGGUCCAAACUGGACAGUUCGUCGACAGAUACAACGCAGUUCAAUACAUAACAGUAAAUAAGUCAAGUCCUGUCAAAUUUGAAGUGAGAUCUGCAGUGGUGAACCAAACCCAAAACCUAACCCGCACCAUAUCUGCCUAUGAAUACCUUAUCGAAGCGGACCUCAUCAAAGAUAUGCUGAUGCUACGAUCGGGAGUCACUUGUAAAUAUAGUGUGGGCAAUUGUACGGACACCACAGAGCCUACAAUGGUCAUCCAAUGGAGAGUGUCCGUUCCUCCAAACUCCAAGGAUUAUAAGAUGGUGUGCAUUCAAGAGAUUCAGUCUUAUUGGGAAGAAAGACUAUUAUCUUUAGAAAGAAGUAAUACAGAAUUAAUAUAUAAGUUUAGCAUAUUUGUUACAAUUAGUUUAAUAUCAAUAGUUCUUUUGUUAUUAUGCCUGCUUACUUUUUGUUACAAUGCGUACAAGAACUGGAUAACUAUGGACAAGAUCAAGUAUGGAGUUGGUUGUAAUAUUUUGCAAUAUUCUUUCAACAGAAUAUUUUGGAUGGAGCUCAAUCAGCUAAAAUCUCAAGUUCAGUUUGAAAAUACUUAUGAUUAUAUAUCUUAUGACUCAAAGAAAACUAAACAAUAAAUUAAUCUUACCUAAUAUAAAAA